AUGUCGCGAACACCGUAUUCGCGGCGCGCGCGCUCGCCUUCGUCGUACUCCAAUGCAGGCUCCGAUGUCCAAAUACCAUUGCCGAACCAAUACAACACCCGACCACUCCAGAUAAACCGACCCACAACACCGACCAGCAAUGCGUACGGCGGCGUCUCCACAUCGCCCAGAUCCCAGGCAUCCGCGGGACCCUCCCGACCCCAGCGCUCGGAGCUCAGAAACCGCGCAGCGCGCGUCUCAGAGUACAGCGACACGUCGCAGGCCUACGCCGCUGGUUCGUUUCGGGAGAGCGUAGCCAGCAAUGGAACAUCGAGCUACACCGGAAGACCGAGCCCUGUCCCACCCAUCAACCCUCGGUCUCCACAACGUACACGUACAACGGACAGUUCGCAGGAUGGGGAAACGACAUCGCCCGUCGCGCUUAGCACUGUGAUGUCUGCCUUUGCCUCGGCGGGAACUCGGAGACGCGCCAUGACGAACGGUAGCGACGAUUACGAGUACGAGAGGCAACGAAGAGAAGAACAAGAAGCGGAACGCGCGCGACAACAGAGAAUACGAGAUCGGGCACCUGGACGACGCGUUAAUGGACGAGCGAGGCCAGGUGAUAUAGAUGCUGUUUUGGACCAGGUUAAGGAGGAGUGGGAGUUUGUGACCGAUCCAGACUUCAACAACGUUGAUCUCGCGCUCGAGCUACUAGACGAAUCUUCAGUCGGCAAGGAUAUUCGAGCCUUUCGUAGGACGAAGGAUCUGUUGUCCAAGGCACUGAAGGGAUCAGUGGAUAAGCACUAUCAGGCGUUUGCCGCCGCUCUCCCCCAUCAUGCCUCCCUCAUUUCCCACCUUACCGCCACACAAACACAAAUUACCGACACACGCUCUGCCCUCACUGACGUGAAGGAUUCCCUCGGCAGCAAGCGCGCGGACCUCGUACAGUUGUGGGGUCGAGGGCAGAUGCUCGAGGAAAUGAUGAAGCUGCUGGACCAGAUAGAGCACCUGAAGUCUGUCCCCGAUCUAUUGGAGACCCUCAUGUCGGAGAAGCGCCUCCUGCAGGCGUCCGUUCUACUUGUUCGCAGUCUGAAGAUCAUCAACAAGCAGGAGAUGCUUGAAAUAGGCGCUGUUGCGGACUUGCGCAGCUAUCUGAGCAGUCAGGAGAUAGCACUGAGGGAUAUUCUGGCCGAUGAGCUACAAAGUCAUCUGUACCUCAAGUCGUUCUGGUGCGACAGCCGCUGGGCAUCCUACGUUCCAGGCCAGCAGACUUUCCCGAAGGUGGAAUACGACGAAAACCUCCCGUCUACCAUCGAGGAGGACGGUAGUCCUACGACACCCACAACCCGCACAAGUCGCAAGACGCGCUUGCACCGCUUCCUCCAGCAGCUCGCUAUCAAGCCGAACGAUCCGCCAGACGACCCCAACGACCUCAGCUCCGUUGGACUAACCUCCGACGGCCUGUCGCACGGUCGCAGUAUCUCUGCUAUCACCCAACUCACUCCCUCGACCUCCACACCAGACAGCAACCCCGAAGCGGACUCCUUCGCGUACAUGGAGACCCUCCUUGAAUCCCUCGCUGUGCUGGGCAAGCUGGGUAGCGCGCUUGAUGCUGUCGGGCAGCGUGUGCAGGGCGAGGUGUUCUCGCUCAUCGAGUCUACUCUCGACGAGGUGUCCGACCGGGCAGAGUACGGCAAGCGUGGCGAGGUGCUCAGUGCCGGGCCCGCACGCGCGGAUGCGGUCUACACAUUCGCUGCACCAGCGGCGGUGGGUGGACCAGGAGGCGCACCUGGUGUUGUACUGAAGGGCGGCCUGGUCAACGCGGCACACUUGAGGCUAGCAGCACUUGAGUCGGCUGCGAAGCAAGUCGACCACGAUACGCUACGGGACUUCUUCUGGACGUUGUACUCGAAGUUGGAUGCAGUCAGCCAGGGGAUGCGGGUGGUGUAUGAGGUGGCGAACCGGAUCGGAUCACGGCGAGACUUCAAGGACUCGUCGGGUGCGAAGCCCGGUACACUCUUCCCUUUGAAUGAGGCUUGGAGCUCGAUACAAGCCGAAAUUCGCACUCUGCUCCAUGAUUAUCUUACCGACGAAGAGCAAGGCGCGGCCUCCGGACGCAACCCAAUAUCCUCGAUCAACGAGAUGCUGCGUGACAGCAAGUUCAACACGCGGGAUAAGAGCAAGUCGAUCUUCAGGUUCGCCGACAUCGACUCCAAGCUCACCAAUAAGAUCCUCAAGUCGCACGAGGACGAGCUCACGCGCGUGCUCAAGGACACCGUACCAGGUCUCGUACAGGGCUCCGAGUCCACCGUGCACGCUGCUCUAUCCAUCGUCGGCGCCGAUGAUCGUGUGCUCGGCGCAGGUGCAAGUCAGCACCAUCGCUUGCUCAUCCAUCCGGAUGCCUUCCAUGUCAGCGUACUGUUCCAGCCUACGUUGGCGUACCUCGAACGGGUGCAGGACAAUCUUCCUGCAGGCAAGGAGUUGGCGCGCACCCUGAGCACAGUGCUUGAUGACUUCGUGCUCAAGGUGUACUUGCCACAGCUUGAGGAGAAGGUCGCAGAGCUGUUUGCGCAUGCUGUCAAUGGACCCGACGCGCUCCAACCCGACCCCGCAUCCGCACGCCUAUGCUCAGAGCCUCUCAUCAAGUCGGCGACGCAGCUCAUGGCGCUUAUCAACUCGCUAUGCGUGAUGCUGCAGACCACACCCUUCCACCGCGAAAACUAUUCACGCUUGAUCCUGGGCGUCAUCAUACAGUUCUACCAGCGCUGUAGCGAUUGGUUCCAGAGUCUCGUGUCUACGCCGGGUGCGGAAGGCGAAGCCCCGCGGGUCGCGUUAGCGGCACAAUGGGCGCAGCGGAAUGAGAUGAGCACCUGCUUGACGGAGUUGCAGUCGACGGCGGACAACCUCGCUACUAAACAGCAGCAGCUCUGUCGCCAGCAGGUCAACGUUGAGCUCGAGUGGUGCGACAAGGAGAUUACGGCGAAGGACCUCAUUUCGUCGACGAGGACGGUUGCGUCGCUUGCGAGCCUGUACAGGAGUGUGUCCUGGUUCGCCGCCCAGCUUGGCUCUUGGAACACGACAUCCGACGACGACGACACCCAAUCGCCAACUACGAUGACCCUCGAGCCUCCACUGUCCGCGAUGUCGAUUUCCCUACCGACGCUUCCGCCACCGGCCGAGGGACUGCAUUUGCCUUUGUCGAAGGAAAUGAAUAUGCGGUUCCAUGCCUUGCUCAAGACGUAUGAGCAGUUGUCGGAGCUCAUCUUGCACACCAUACGCGUGGAUAUUCACUGCCGGACUAUCUACCACUUGGAGUCGGCGUUGCGCUCUGGCAACUACCAUAUCGAACAUGAAGCAAGUGAACCAGACCCGCACGUCAAUGAGCUCAACAUCGAGAUGGGCGAGAUCGACGAUUUCGCGUCUACGGCAUUGCCCAAGCACGAACGACAGUUCAUCUUCGUUGGCCUCGGACAUCUCAUGGAACAUGUUAUCAUCUCGAAGGCUGCCCUCAUUCGACAACCUACAGCGUUCGGUAUCAAGAAGAUGCUCCGCAACAUGUUCGCCCUUCGGCAGGGAAUCAAAACCAUUGCGAACGAUCCAUACAACACCGAGUUCGAGCGCGCGAAGAAGUACUUUGCGUUGUACUUCAUGUCGCCGCAGGACAUGCUCGAGAGCAUCCGGUCAAAGCCGGUCUUCACCUUCGACGAGUACGAGACGAUGCUCAAGUUCCAAUGCGGCUUGGAUUCGACGAAGGGAAAGACCGACCGCAACUACAGCAUGUUCGUGAUCGAGCUGCACGGUCUAGAGCUGGAGAGGUCGUCGUGA